ACCGCGUCUGCCGCGACAGUCACAUGCAGUCAGCUUGUGCGCGCUACUGUCUGCAGGAGAGCGGUGUUUUCCUCAGUGCCGAUGGCAGUGGUCCUGCUCGGGAAGGCUCUGGCGAAUGCGAAUUUGCUUUGUGAGGUCGCAGCCGUCCUAUCUUCGCGGUUAUACCUGUAAAGUCGUGUAACUUACCUGCCCGAUGAGCUUAUCCAUUUAUGCGUUUUUCCUAUGCCUCCAACCACGAAUACGAAUCAGUACCGAAUAGAUGCUUUUUCCCCCCCUCUUCUCCGACUAAUGAAUAUCAUACAUGCCUUAAGCAGCAGUGGCUGAAUUUCAAUGGCUUCAGAUGAGUGAAGUCGACAAAAUGACUUGGAAUCCUUCAAGUCAAAGGAUCCAUGGUAAACUUCCUUCCCCUGUGUUAAAAAGUUGCUGUAUCAGGAAAUGGACUGGGACCAGUUUGACUUGAACCCUAAAGUAAUUGCGGCCCUUAAAAAAGCUGACAUAAAAUCAGUGAAAGGGAUUUUAAAUCUUUCUGAAGCAGACUUACAAAGAUUGAUGAAACUCUCCAGUGCAGAUAUACAGUGUUUACUGAAAACAGUCUCUCUCACGCUGAGGAAAAAUAGUAUGCUUACAGCACUUCAGCUCUACCAAGAUAAACAUCAUCUCACCUCCCAAAGCCAGAAACUAAGCCUGGGAUGUUCAGUACUAGAUAACUUGUUAAAAGGUGGCAUUCCUUUAGUGGGAGUCACAGAACUUGCCGGCGAAAGUUCUGCUGGGAAAACUCAGAUUAGUUUGCAGCUGUGUCUUUGUGUGCAGUAUCCUUACAAAUAUGGUGGAUUAGAGUCUGGGGCUGUCUACAUUUGUACAGAAGAUGUAUUCCCAAGUAAACGUUUGCAGCAACUCAUAGAUCAACAGCAUAAGCUGCGUGCAGAUGUUCCAACUGAAAUCAUUCAGAAAAUAAAAUUUGGAAACAGUAUUUUCAUUGAGCAUGCAGCAGACCUAGACACCUUCCACAACUGCAUUACUAAAAGGAUUUCUUUACUGCUCACAAGAGGCAUGGUACGGCUGGUGGUCAUCGACUCUAUUGCCGCUUUGUUUCGAUGUGAAUUUGGAGUUUCAGAUUCUGUUAGGAAAGCUCGGUAUUUGCAGACGUUUGGAGCACAGCUUCACAGUUUAAGCACUAGAUUCAGGACUCCAAUAAUGUGCGUUAAUCAGGUGACUGAUGCAGUGAGUGAAUCAGAAGCUGCUCAGUGCAAUUGUAGUAUAGCGGAUAACAGAGUUUCUCCAGCACUUGGAAUAACCUGGGCAAAUCAACUGCUAAUGAGACUGAUGGUCAGUCGAGUAUCACAACCCGAACAGUCAUCUGGAGUUGUAUUACACCAUGCUGGAAGCGUGAGGACUUUAAGAGUAGUUUUUGCUCCUCAUCUCCCUCCAUCCUUUUGCUACUAUACAGUAAAAUUGGAAGGUGUGAAAGGAAUAAAUCGGUUGCAUAGUACAUUAUCCUGCUUCAAAAAUAUAUAGAAUUUCCUGUGCUACAGGAAGAAUUAUUAAUAACCUGAGGUUGUUCACAGAUGAGAUAAAUGGAUGCUGAAAUACAUAAAAGGUGGUAUGACAAUACAUUUUGGAACCUCUUCUCCAUUGUAAAAAGAUGAUGUUUCUAUAUUUGGAUACAUUAUCAGCUUUUCAUCUUAAGAUAAGUAUUCUGAAGGAGAGUAAAGCUCUGGGCAGGUAGACAGCAUAAUGUAGUAUGAUGUGGAGAUCCCUAUGUUAAAGGGACCUGACUUAAUUUUUUUAAUAGCACACUACCCUGGAAACAGCAUAACUGCAAUCACAUAUACCUUUUUUGCUUCCAGAUCCGAAAGGGACUCAAAUUCAACCAGUUAAUGCUGCCUACUUGUAUUUCUAGUCCUCAUGUUGGCAUUCAGUGUAGCCAUUUUUCUAUCUAUCUGUCAGGCCUCAGAAAUAACCUUUGUCACAAAUCAGCUGGCCUCUUUUUAAUAAAAACACAUGUUCUUAAUGUGAGUACAAACAUGAAGAACUUACUUACUUAAACUACUUUAAAAAGUAAUUUGAUUAAAAUUAUACUGCUUUUGGACUGUGUAGGCAUAUCUGACUUCCAUGUAACUUCUACAAGUUAUUUGGAAAUUUAAAGUAUUAAAGGGUCACAUGAGCGAUGGUAGCUAUUGAGAGGCAAAACAGACCUGAAAGGACUCGUUCUCAUAGUCAUAGAUCCAGAACUUCCACUAAUGAUGUUGUUCAUCUCAGCCUGCUCUUUUUCCACUUUUUCUGCUUUCAUCUCUCUCCUCAUAGCAGAAGUCUGUUCCGCCUCUUCCAUUUAAAUAAACAAACUAACCCCCCCCCCCACCACCACCACCCCUUGUUCUGUUUGCCUAUGUCUAAAGCUCCCUGAGGGGUAACCAGAUGGUCUCAGAGCAUGCCCUCUGUUCGUGUUCUUGACUGUGUGGUUGCCUGUGUUUUGUUAGCUGUAUGGCGUGUUCUUGACCGUCUUCUGGUUCUCUUUCUAAUAUCUGUCUCUUUUCUGAAGGACUUCUGCCAUUGCUGCUCAACGCAGGGUGGUGUUCUUUUUGUCCUACUGUUCCUAAGCUUGCCCCAAAACACCAGCAACUCACUGGUAAGCGCUGUACUGUAGACCAAUGCUCUGUCUCCACAAAUCAAGAUACUAGCUGUCCAGCAUUUUUCUUUGAGUCUCCAACUAUGGUUAUCAGGCCUAAAACAGCUUUCAUUCCUCUUCCUGCUACUCCCUUUUUCAAGUGCAGUAGACCAUACUGUUGUCUUCUCUGCCAUUUAUGCCUAUGCAUAGUCAAUGAUUACUGCAUGUCCUUACAGCUAGGCUCUAUCUAACUCUUGCUAUGUUUCCGAAUAGCACCAUUAGCUGUUUUCAGCCAUUCACACAGCUACAACUCUUUCCAGGGUGGGUUUUUUUUUUUUUUUUAAUCUUUACAUGGUUUUUCUUUAAAUCUUUUUUUAUUACUGUUCAGCACAUCUUUUUCUGUCCUCUGCUAGUUUGCUUUUUCUAGCCAUCACUACAUUAUAUUCACUGUGAAAGAAAGCGAGAUGAAAAGAAGUUACUUAUGCACAUUUUCCAAAGCCAAUAGACCUCCUUCUGCCUAUGUUACUUAGGUGCCUGCUCACUUGUAUCAUGUACUUGUUAAGCUUUCAGACAGAUACUUUUCUCGUCUCUCUCUGCAUUCCUAGGAUGCCCAGACAAAGGCAAUGCCUGUCUCGUUCUGGUCUUUUGUUUUCCUUUAGAAAUUACAUAGCAGAAAGACUGAACUGAGCAAAUGAGACCAUUUAGUUCUCCACAGUCUUAAAUAAUAAAAAAUCCCUUCUAGGGUAAGGACAAGGGGGCUGGUUCUGUAUUCCUAAAGCUAAGUAGUGUGAGGUUCCAGUCCAUGGUUAAAGCUUGAGCAUCUUCCCUCAAUACCAGAAGUCCAGAAUUGUACCUUUUACAUUUGUCAAGGACAUCACGUUAAUGAAGCAAUCAUUUUCUGGUAGAAAUCUUCCCUUCCCCAUGCCCUAGUAAUAAUCCUGAAGGCUGGAUCUGUGCCUUGUCAAAGCACACAGCUGAGCAGCAGAAAGGAAGUUUUGACCAGCUGUUACAUAAGUCAGCUGGAACUCCCUGACAGCAGACUCCUCCAAGGACAACCGAGUAUGAUGCAAAGAAGUGAGGCAUAAGAUGAGAUGGACAGCAUGACUGCCUCAGGGAAGUUCUUCAGAAGAAGAGAUAAAGCAAGCCUUGGCACUGAAAGAAGGAAACUCCAAGCAGGACUCCUGAGACCCUGUCUGUUGUGUAAAGAUCUUGUGCAAUAGCAUAAACUGAAAUUGGCUUUAAAGCCCUUUUUUAAAAUGUCUUGUUCAGCUCUGCGUAUUCAAAAAUGACCAUGGUGUCGUAUGUUUUUUAAAUAAAA